AUUUAUCGUGAUUAAAUUAGGAAUGGACUGAUGUUAUAUUUCAAUGUAUUUACUCGGUGAGUACAAAUAACCAGUAACCAAAAAAGAAAUCUUUUCGAGUAGUGAUCAUUUACAGACAAACGCAGUGCAGAACGAUCACCAAGUAUAUAGAGUUACGACCUUACAUUAAAAUGUUUUUUUGCAUGUAGGUACUUAGGAAAUAUAUGUCACAGUAGCAUCAUAGCGCAUACCGUCAUGUAUACUUAAAUUGCGGUUGGUUUGGUCGAUAUUGUUGUGAUUUCAGAAGAUUAUCUGUUGAACAUUUUAAGGAAUUCAUUUGAAACAAAAGCAUACCUCAAACUUGAACAUGGAACCUAAAAAAGCGCUAAAGUAUGGCGUUUUGAAUGAAGGCCAAAGCAAUCUAAAGGAUUUGGAGCCGAGAGAAUAUAAAAUAGUGUAUCAUAACUUAUUAACAUUUGGUUAUUGGCAUCUAGCUGGGAUAUAUGGAUUAUAUCUUUGCUUCACUUCGGCAAAAUGGGCUACUAUUAUAUUAUCUAUAUUCACAUACAUGGCGGCCGAAAUAGGUGUUACGGCUGGGGCACACCGUUUAUGGGCACACAAGACGUAUAAAGCUAAACUGCCACUGCAAAUAUUUCUCAUGGUCUUAAACUCUAUAGCAUUCCAAAAUACAGCACUGCACUGGGCCAGAGACCAUAGAUUACACCAUAAAUAUACUGACACAGACAUCGACCCGCACAAUGCCAAAAGAGGUUUCUUUUAUUCUCAUGUGGGAUGGCUGUUGGUGAAGAAAUUACCAAAAGUUAAGGACUAUGGUAGACAGAUAGACAUGAUAGAUUUAAACAACAAUCCAGUAUUGAGAUUCCAGAAAAAGUACGCUAUACCGUUUAUUGGUUUAGUCUGUUUCAUUAUUCCAACUCUAAUACCCAUGUAUUUUUGGGGAGAAAGUUUGAACAACGCAUGGCAUCUUUGUAUGCUACGUUAUAUCAGUAAUUUGAAUGCAACUUUUCUCGUAAACAGUGCAGCUCAUAUGUGGGGGUACAAGCCUUACGAUAAGGGUAUACUUUCAACUCAAAACUUGCCCGUCUCUCUAGCUACUUUUGGUGAAGGUUUCCAUAACUAUCACCAUGUAUUUCCAUGGGAUUAUCGUGCAUCUGAACUUGGAAAUAAUAAGCUGAACUUAACGACGAAGUUUAUUGACUUUUUUGCUUGGAUCGGAUGGGCGUAUGACUUGAAAACUGUCCCUAAAGAUAUGAUUAUGAGAAGAGCUAAGAGAACAGGAGAUGGCACUAAUCUUUGGGGUUGGGAGGAUAAUGAUAUAUCAGAAGAGGAUAAAAAUACUACUAUUAUACUUUACGAAAAGAAGAAAUAAUCAAUUUACAUGUUUUACGUUGAACGUCUUGUGUAUAUUGAAAAUUUAUAUAAAUUUUUCAUUGAAAUUAAACAUAAUUACGAAGUUUGUAGUAAUGUUUUAAAAUUAAAUAGAAAUAAAAUUUU